GUUUGGAUGUAACUGGGGAAAUGGGCCAAUGGUAGCUGCCUCUGCACUGCACCAAACAUUAGCCAAUGGCAGGCAGAGGAGCGGGAAAACAGGGUUAAGGCGGGAAAACUGUGAGGGGAAGAAGGAGACAAUAUGGAGGAUAAUUUUAAAAACAACAACUGGGGGUACACACAACCAUAUAACAAUAUAACAAUAAACUGGGGAAAACUGGGGUAAAACUGUCAAGUCCAGGGAAUGUCAUAUCCAGUAUGAGAAUGUCCAAUCUGGUACAAAAAUGUCCAUUUAUGGGUCAUAAAUCUUUCUCCAAGCUUCAUAUUUUUGCCACUCCGUCUCUCCUCCUCCAACAUGGAUCCUUAAAUGCAACACAUGACAACUUACUCUGUUUAGGAGAACUAGAAUCUUGGAUCCAGCUUUAAGAAUAAGGGUCAUCUGUUGAUACAAAGAAAUCAACACAGAGCUGUGGACAACGUGUAUUAUUUUUGAAGUGCAUAUUUUAAAAGCAUUUCUUUCCUGCUGUAAUUUGGCAGUUGCAGGGUGAUAGGAAAGGAUGGAGAAAACAAAUUAUAUCUCAACUUAGUGGUGCUCUGAGGAAAAGGACCAUAGGUACUCAGUUAGGACUUGUUCAUCAAUUCAUGCAUGCCUGAAAACUUGGACACAUACCUUUCACCUGCAAUCUACAGGCUCUUCAGUUACAUUUGCUCUUAGUCCACUUCUGUCUUCACCUCUGGUUGCUCAUCAGCAUGAACUAAGUGUUGGGGCACCAGUCCCACAAAGCAUCUGGCACAAAUUCUGUGGUUUCCAAUGGGAAGAAACAAGGACACAGCUGUGCCAAGCACCUAAAACUAAGCAGUGCUCCCAAGUUCUCUAAGGUAGACUUUUGUCACACUGAUGUUCAAGUUUAAGCUUGAGAACAUGAACAGCUUCUACCUCAUCUCUAUCGAGUAAUGCUGCCUGCACUAGUAUUGUCCACACUGAGCUUGCUAGUAAAGAGGAGUCUGCAGUCAACUGAAUCAGGUUAUUUAUAUGCAAUAAACUUCAAAAUACAGCAGAGAAUUCCGGGAGUGAAAAGAUUCAGGAACAAAAGACAGAAAAGUGCUCAACAGUCGUGGAUAAAAUGAAAGAUUUGAGUCUGAAAGACACAAUUACCCGAAGUGAGUUAGUUGACAUGGAAGGUGUUCCCCUCACAAAACCAAUGGGCAUCACAUGGGAUCAAGUACAAAAGUUCAAAGCCAGACCUGAUGAUGUGUACAUUGCAACCUAUGCAAAAGCAGGUACCACAUGGACACAGGAGAUAGUGGAUAUGAUUCAACAAAAUGGAGAUACUGAGAAAUGUAGACGUGAAACGACUUACAAGCGCCACCCUUUCCUUGAGUGGUUUGUUGCAGAGCCUCCAUCUGAACGUUACUCAGGUGUAGAGUUAGCUAAUGCCAUGCCAUCUCCAAGAACAAUAAAAAUUCAUCUGCCUGUGCAGCUGGUGCCUCCCUCCAUCUGGGAACAAAACUGUAAGAUAAUCUAUGUGGCAAGAAAUGCAAAAGACAAUAUGGUGUCAUACUACCACUUCCACAGAAUGAACAAGGCUAUGCCUGAGCCAGGAACCUGGGAGGAGUUUGUGGAGAAAUUCAUGUCUGGACAAGUGCUCUGGGGUUCCUGGUAUGACCACGUAAAAGGAUGGUGGAAGGCCAAAGAUAAGCACCGUAUUCUCUACCUCUUCUAUGAAGAUAUGAAGGAGAAUCCAAAGCGAGAAAUUCAGAAGAUUGCGAAGUUUCUGGAGAAGGACUUGAGUCAGGAGGUUCUAAACAAGAUAGUCCAUAAUACCUCAUUUGAGGUAAUGAAGGAAAAUCCCAUGACAAACUACACUAAAGAUUUUCAGGGAAUAAUGGAUCACUCCAUUUCCCCGUUCAUGAGAAAAGGGGUUGUUGCAGACUGGAAGAAUCAUUUCACUGUGGCACAGAAUGAGAAAUUUGAUGAAGAUUAUAAGAGGAAAAUGUCUGAUACCUCUCUUGUUUUUCGCAUGGAAUUGUGAUUAUUUGCAAUGGGAAUUAAUGAUCUUCAGCCUUUUCCAUGUUAUAUAUUUUGCCUUCACAAAAUGCCAGCGUCCCUAGGAUUUCCAUCUCUGUUCACACUCCACUGAUUAUGCUAAAGUUUAAGUCUCCCUGAAAAAAAUAAUUCCACUGGAUACUUCUUAUUCAUUCCUCCGACAGUAACUUUCAGCAUUAAUAAAAAUAUUUCACACAUGCUUUGAA